GUGGCGCAGCCGGAAGUAGCCUUAGUCCGGGGUAGACAGACCGGCGGGCUGACUUUGACAGGAGCCGGAGCUGUGCAGAGGAAUUGCUGGCCAUGGAGUUGGGCGAGCUGCUUUACAACAAAUCCGAGUACAUCGAGACGGCAUCUGGGAACAAAGUUAGUCGCCAGUCUGUGUUGUGUGGAAGUCAGAACAUCGUUCUCAAUGGCAAGACCAUUGUGAUGAAUGACUGUAUCAUCCGAGGGGAUCUGGCAAAUGUAAGAGUUGGACGGCAUUGCGUGGUGAAAAGUCGGAGUGUCAUAAGGCCACCAUUCAAGAAAUUCAGCAAAGGCGUUGCAUUCUUUCCUUUACAUAUCGGGGACCAUGUCUUUAUUGAGGAAGAUUGUGUGGUCAACGCAGCUCAGAUUGGCUCUUAUGUUCACGUUGGCAAGAACUGUGUGAUUGGGCGCCGGUGUGUGUUGAAAGAUUGCUGCAAAAUUCUUGACAACACAGUGUUACCCCCAGAAACUGUAGUUCCACCGUUCACCGUCUUCUCAGGCUGCCCAGUGGAAGUCAUGUUGCACACAGAGGCACAUCACAGAUUCACAGAUGGAAGAUGAUGGGAGGAGAGAGAUUUGAUGAUAUAUGACAUCUACUGCUGGGUGGUUUCAUUGUUUUUCCAAUAAAAAAAAAAAUCUCAUUACUCAGAUCAUUGAAUAUGAAUUUCAAAGAUGUACAGAAUCAUUCAGAUUCUUUGGGGAGGAAAUUGGCCAUUCUGCUGUUUCAUGCAUGUCUGCGUUUGCAGGCAGAAGAGGAAGAGUCUUUUGUUCAGUAAUUCUCUCCAUACUGGGUUCCCAGUGUGAAAAAGUUUAAUAGUUCUUAGCAAGUGCUCGGUCAGAGCAGUCUCGGCGAUUGUUGUAAGUGGUUGUCAGACAAGCAUCUGGUCUGAGGUGGGAAGUGUACUGCUGGAGAAAUAUCUUAAUCUCUUUUAACUUACUCAGUGUCCUUAGAAGCAGCCUAUGGUCUCUGAGCACUGAUGGCAGAUAGCAGCGAGGCACUGUGUGGAGGUUCGGCCUCGGACCUUAGAGAUUGUUGUAUAGAUGAGGGAACUGAGGCCUAGAGAGGCUGAGUUGUCCAGUGCAUCGGAGCUGGUUAGUGGGAAAGUGUUGACAAGCACUUAAGACUCCUUAUUUAGAGUCCAGCACUUUUUGCACUACGAUACUUCCCAUGUUUAUUUUACGUAGUUUCACAGACAGGUGCUAACCAUCUAGACACUGUUGUUGGCAAUCUCCCUCUUUAAUAAAGGGGCAUAGGGUUGCAGGAAAACUAGCAUGUUUUCAGAGGGCUCCACAGCAUGAAACCACGUUAAAAUGAAAGGUAAACCAUCCAGAGAGGAUCUGGGUUAGGAAUCAAAAACUCAGAUGCCCACAGGAGCCAGGCAGAUCAUGGAAAUGAUUGAAGAAAUAGCCUAUCAUAGCUGUUUAAGAAUACAGGCUUAAUAUUAUGAGAACUUCUGAUGUUUCACAGGAGGCUAAAAAUCUGAAUUUUUAUGUGAUAUUUCUGAAUUUUUAAUUGUUGACUACAAAUUUUAAAAAAAGAGUAAAUACUGUGCAGACUAAACAUGUAAAAAAAGAUUAAAUACUGUGCAGACUGAACAUGGGCUGCUAAUUUGUAAAAGGUGCCUGUGAGGAUUGUGUAUCUUUUAAGACCAUAUUUUGUGUCCUACCUGUUACUUUCUCUCUGUAUAUAUACAAGUCCACAUGUAUGUGGUUUUGUAUGUAUAUGAGCAUAUAGAUAUGUGUGUAUAUAUUGCUGUAUAUAAUGUGAAAAUGUUUUUAACAUAUAUGAACAGAAUCACACUCUCUACUCUGUUAGGAAGCUUGCUUCCUCAACAGUAUAUCUUGGGCAUCUUGUCAGUGUGGAGAGAUUCACCUCAUUCUUUUUAAUGAUUACAUGGUUUUCAUUGCAUCAAUGUCCCACAGUGUGACUAAUCAUCCGCUGAUAUAAUGGAUCAAAAGAAGUUGUACUUGGCUUUUCAUUAUUAGAAACUUGGCUGCAUUGAUGCUUUUGUACAUGUAUUGUUGCAAUUGGGCAAGAUUAUCUGUGGAAUAAAUUCUCAGAAGUUGGAUUUUAAGAGUACAGGAUAUGAACUUUUAAAAGUUUUGCGAGAUAUUCCUGAAUUGCUCAAGUGGAGUUUAUACUUACACCUGUAGUGUAUGGAAGUGCCUCUUUCCCAGAAAUUCUUAAAUAGGAUUCCCCAUCUUCUCUCUUUCUAUAGGGCAUUUCUGUUCUACUCUCAUCCAUGAGUUGUCUGUGUCUAGUUUCAUUGCUAUGAAUAGCAGGGCAGUGUCUUUUCUCAGGAGCGCUCACCUUGGCUUGACCAGCAGGUGUCACACCAAAAUCCAGGGGGUGGACAAAUCCUUGUCUAGAACAACCCCUGCUGUAGUCAGAGAUGCUUUAACUCUUCAGAUCGUGCGGUAAUACACUAACCCCUUCUACUUGGAAUAUAUUUCUGCAUUUUGGGAACAGUGUUACUUGUUGCCCACACACACACAAAUUCACAUCACCUUGAAGGUAUGGUCAGUAGAAAUAUUCUGUCAGCACCAAAGAUGGAAAACCUAGUGUUUAGACAUUCAUGACUUCAGAAAGGGGGCUUCUAGGGGUUUGAGCAGAAGUCAGAGCUCCUCUGGCUCCUCCCUC